UCAUAGAAGUAAACGCCCUAUUUGUGUAAAAUAUCACACUACACCUCCACAUCAUCGAUUCCGUUGAUGCUAGAGAACCGAACCGUAAUUCCGCUGGUCAAUCUAACCGAUCUGACACUUUGCAAUCAGCAGCUCUAAGAAGGGGUGCCUUUGCGAAUAUCGUCUUUCGAUGGCAGAGAGCAGUCCAAACGAACAUUUCGUCAUUUGGGGCGAAUCGGGACCCAGCGCUGCCAUAGUGAUACAAUCACUUGCGAAAACACCGCUGUUAUUCAACCAACGCGAGUCCAAGGCGAAACAGCUGAUCCUGCGACUUAAUCUCGCCGGCUUCUUUUCAUCCACCUCGUUCUCUUCACUACGGCGACAGGAAGUCCUUCUGGAACAUUCAAAUCGUCAUCAUCCUUACCUUUGUAGUCUUCCACUUGGAUGAUUGCGUACAGAUCGAGGCAGAAAAAGUCCUCAUGUCGGUGAUCUGCAGCAGAACAAGACGCGAAACUCACUGCGCACCGCCAUAGUCCUUCUUGUUGAACUUGUCAAUAUCCUGCUCCUUCAAGUUCAUUAUGUUCAACCGAAGCGAGGAAAUCUCCAUCUGCAGACUCUUGUACGUGUUCUUUUCCAAGUACUCAUCCACCAACGGUCGCGACGUCCGCAACGUCCGCCCGCGAGGGCCCCAAAAUUGCGUUGAUCAAAUCCACACAGAAUCGAAACCACUCCUCGACGUCACCCACCAACCGCUCAAAGAUGGCCAUAAUCGUCUUCACGUUGCCCUCGCCAAGAUCUCCAGCAGCACCUGCAUCAUCGACUGGAAGUACAUCUUCUGCAGCUUGUCCGUCGUCAUCGACGGAUCGUACGCCAGCUGCCGGAUGCAGUUGCACAGCGUCGGCGUGUCCGCAAAGCUGCAACAGAGCAACGUUAUUGUAACAGUUUAGAUAGAUUCCCUGAAAAACUCACGUCUUGAUGGAACAUUUCUGCUAGAAAACUAUAAUAAUAUCCAGCUCUGUAAGAACUCUGCUAGAGUCCUGCUAGAACGUCAUGACUGGGCAA